AUGAAGUGGACAACGGCAGCGCUGGCAGCAGUACUCUCCCUCACGGGAGAGGCCAAACCUGUGUCCAAGUCAAAGCCCAACAUCAUCAUGAUCAUGACGGAUGACCAGGAUCUGCACCUCGACUCGACGGAGCACAUGCCGACGCUUCAGAAGCUCCUGGUCCAGCGCGGCACCACCUUUAACAACCACUGGGUGACCGAAGCCCAGUGCUGUCCGAGCCGGGCCACGGUAUUGAGGGGCCAGCAGGCUCACAACACCAACAUCACGGCCGUGAGAUAUCCCGGCGGCAACUACGACAAGUGGCGGGCCUCGGAGAUGGACUCGGAAUACCUGCCCAAGUGGCUCAACGACGCGGGAUAUUCGACAAACUACAUAGGCAAGUUCCUCAACGGCCACAAUCUCGGCAACUACAACCCUCCUCCCAAAGCCUGGACGGAAAUCGAUGCCCUCAUCGAUCCUUACAUGUACGACUUUAACCGGGCCGUGUUUUCCAAGAAUGGGCAGCACCCCGUCAACUAUCCGGGCUGGCAUCAGACGGACAUUGUCCGCAUCAAGGCCGUGGAGCGCAUCAAGCAGCUGGCCCAGGACGACAAGCCCUUCUUCUACUGGAUCUCCCCGACGGCUCCCCACACCGUGCCGCCCAUCAACGGUCCCUCGGACAACAUGCCCCAGCCGCUGACUCGCCACAAGGAUCUCUUCCCGGAUCUGGUGCUUCCCAAGAAGGGCAACUGGAACCCGCCAGACGAGUACGCCAAGCAAAAGGUCAACUGGGUCGGCCGCACCCCACCCCUGAACGAGUCCAUGCUGGCCGAGACCGAGGUGCUGUACAAGACUCGUAUUCAAUCCCUGCAGGGCAUCGACGAGAUCAUCGAGGACGUGGUUGCCACGCUGGAGCAGGAGGGUAUCCUGGACAACACCUACAUCAUCUACACCUCUGACAACGGCUUCAUGAUCGGCACCCACCGCAUCACCGCCAUGAAGUCCCUGGCGUACAAGGAGGCAGGCCAGACCCCUUUUAUCGUGCGCGGGCCGGGGGUGCCCGAGGGUGUCGUGUCCAGGCUGCCGGGCACCCACACCGACAUUGCCCCGACGCUGCUCGAGCUUGCGGGCGUUGAUCCCGCCAGCUUUCCAAAGUUGUUUGACGGCAGGAGUCUCCUUCCGCAGUGGCGCGAGCCGACCGGCAGCGGGAACUGCAGCCAGACCAGCCCGGUACAGACCGAAUGCAGCGGCGACGUGAUCGGGGUGGAGUUUUGGGGCGAUGCCAACUACGAGCUGCCCGCGCUCCCGUUCAACGACCCGCAAGGGCCGUAUGGCGCCGUCAUGUCUUCGUUCAAGGCGCUGCGGGUGGCGGGCGAGCACCGGGCAUAUUUGUACACCGUGUGGUGCUCGAAUGAGCUGGAACUGUACAAUACGCUGACCGACCCCGACGAACUCGUCAACCUCGCCCUCAACCCCGACGCCGAAACCCGCCGGCUGAUGACGCGCCUCAACGCCCUCCUGCUGGUGAUCAAGUCCUGCGAGGGCGACGUGUGCCGCGCCCCGUGGCAGGCCUUUGCCAACGACACGGCCCUGGCCGGCCUCCCGUCCUUCUCCACGCUCGACGCCGCGCUCGACCCGCGCCUCGACGACUACUUUGCCUCGCUGCCCGGCGUGCACUUUGACGCGUGCCUGCAGGUGCAGGUCGUGGCCAACGAGCGGCCCUUUUACCCCGAGGCCGCGGCCGAGGGCCUGGGCACGGCCUGGAGGGUCACCUUUGACGACUGGUCGUCGCCCGCCUUCCGGACCAGGGACAAGGUGCCGGCGAAUGCUGUGCCCGCGGGGUCGGUGGAGCAGAGGACCGCGACGUUUGCGGAUCUCCUCGCGGCGCAGCGGGACCUGACUGGCUUUGAGCUGGGUCAGUGA